AUGCGUCUUCCCAACACAUCGCUGGAACGCGAAGACCACACGAAUCAAGAGAAGCACGAAACAUCGAACUCUAAAGGAUCAUACGAGCAACUCUACGUGAAUGAUGGAGGACUAAUUUCCUUUUCGCACUUGGAUCCUGCUAUUGAAUUGGACAAAGCCAUGUCACUUCUGGAGCGUCGUGAGCUUGAGGUUCGGCAAGCUGCAGAGUAUGGACUAGGACUAUUGGAAGAUAAUGAGGAAUUGCAAAUGGAAGUGGCGACACUGAAGAUUCAAUUAGAAACUGAAACAAAAGAGCUCACAGAGCAGCGGGAUAUGUGGAAAAGUCAGACAGAACAUUUACAACAGGAGAUGGCACAGUGGAAGCGUAAAUGUGCACGAGUAGAAGAUGAAUUGACGGAUUUAGCCAAAGAAUUUGAACAUUUUGUUGAUUGUUGUCAAUGUCAUGGAUCUUCCUCUGCCACACGAUACUCAGAAUCGUUUGCGCGACUUCAGACUGAAUUACAAGAACUAAAUGCUGUCAAACGGUCAAAUGAGGCCGAAUUGUCGUUUUUGAGGCAGCGGAAAGAAGUGGCAGAACAAAAGCAUCAAGAGGCACUUGAAUGUGAAGCGUUAGCGACUCGAAGUGAAGUCUCGUACCGUAAAACGGUGGAGAUAGAAUUUGCCACAUCGCAACGGGUUCUGAAUGACGUUAAGAAUGAAAAGAAUCAACUGAGCAAAUUGGUUCAAAAUUACGAAGCAGAACUAAAGGAAUUAAAGAAACAACUUAGAUGUGCAGAAGCAAAAAGGGACGACACGCUUCUGCACAACAAUGAGCUGAGCGAAGCUUUGCUGUCAUCCGAGUCGCGAUGUAAACGAUUUCAGCGCGAGCUCGAACUCUUAGAGCACGUUUCGUACUUUGCACAGGCUAGUGUCGAUCGCGACGACGAAGAAAGCGAUGUUGAUGAUGAGACCAUUAAAAUUACGCAAGCUGAACUGGCUAAGUGUUCCAACAAGCCGCUGGACUCUGACAGUAAAAUUGAUACUGCUAGAAACACCUCUGAUGAUGAAGCUGUUCAGUCUCCAAUAAGAAGCAAGCGGAGAAGACCUUUGCUGAUGUCAACUAUCUCGCCAAACUCAUCAUUUUCAUCGAAUGGUAAGAUAUCAGAGGCGGAAAUAGAAACUCAGAAGAAACUCUACCACUACUUUCACUUGACGGCGCUGAGCAUUAUCAAUGAAAACAACUUGCAUGAACGUUGUUUUAAUUCUUCAAGCCGUGUAACUAUCGACAUGUGGUAUCGUGAAGUGAUGUCAAAAGACGUUCCCUUCCUCUUGUGGCAUUCGUGGCUAAUCAAACGUAUAAGUGACGUGGCUGCAUCCGAUCAAAUAGGAGACAAUGUGCUAAAUCAACCGUCUACUUCAACAUUCAAAGGCUCAAAAAUUACUGGGUUUUGUGGAUUUUCGCUUCGAAAGUCAAGUAAUACCGAUUCGGAAAACUCACUACCGUCAUCUACAACACCGCCGGCGGCUCCGCCAGUAGUUCGUGUGCCGUUCACUGUGGCACGAGCAUUUUUUUCUUUGCUUCGAAAGAAUACACAUCCAAGUGCUGGCUUAUCACUAAUUCGCAAAGUUUCGAUUGACGGCUCGCCUGCCGGUUGA